AUGUCGGGGGAGGAAAAGGAGAAAAUCAAAAUUCUGCAAGUGGCGAAUAUCUCAUGCGCCGCUUCGAGAGAUCAUAUUUACAACAUGUUCAACUAUCUCGGCAAAAUUCAAGAAAUGAAGGUCAGUUUUUAAAAAAAUUCCACCUAUAUCGCUCACUCUAUCUUUUCAGGUCUAUCCGUCGGAAGGUAAUAUCACAUCUAAUACCGUACUGAAAACAGCUUUUAUCAAGUUCGACGACGAACGGUGCGCUGAAGUCGGACAACAUCUCACCAACACCGUCCUGAUCGACCGCGCUAUCGUUUGUCUUCCAUACCCGAAUCGUGAGUACUCGAAUUCAGUAACCCUUGAAAAAUUUAGAAUUUUCCAGCGUCUAUUCCGGAUGAGGAGUCUUUCUUUAACAGCGGUGGCUCAACAACGGCUGGUCAGCGACAAUUGCCUCCAAACGUCACAAACAAAGUUCAGGAGAUGGAAGAUGGAUCUGCUGUGGUGAGUGAUAUUUCUUAUUUCUAUUCAGCAGACGUCUGAUGGUAACAGGCGUUACUCGUUCAUUUUACAGUUCUGCUGGCAACUACCAAGUUGAAAUGACGAUUGCAGUAAAGUCCCAAGAGCGUAAUCCAGAAAAGCACGAGAAAAGCUUGUUAGUACUGCCGAAUGAUAAAUUUUCAGUUCCCUCGCCAAUCUUUGCUGCGCUUCGUCGGAUGAACGAUUAGAAAAAUUGAUUCCGUUUUGAUCCUAAUUACUAAAAAAAUUUUGAAAUUGGGGAACUAAAAAUAUUUCUCAGCGCUUAAUUUCUCAAUUUUUCAGUUGAUUACAGUCGACCCUAAUCUGGAGCAACUUGGACUGCCCGCCUACCCGCCACUACCGCCAGACACCGAUUCAGCAAAAGUGGAGGAGAUACGUAGAACCGUCUACGUCGGGAACCUUCCGAAGGGUGUCGACGGAAAAGAAGUGCUCGAAUUGUUCAACAUGUAUUUUGGAGAGGUUAGUUUCCAUUUAGAAGGUUUAUUGGUUCUUGAGGACUGUUUUUCUGUUUGUUCGCGUCGAUGGUCUGCUGACUGAUUUGAUAGUGCUUUCAUCAUGA